AUGUCCUGGCAAGAAUACGUUGACACCAGCCUCGUCGGCACCGGCAACAUCGACAAGGCCCUCAUCUGCGACGUCGAGGGCGCAACUGCCUGGGCCGCAUCCGCCGACUUCUCGCUUUCCGCUGAGGAGAGGGCUGCCAUCGCCAGGUCUUUCGGCGACAAGUCAGAGCCCAAGAAGGUCAUCUCGGAGGGUGUCAAGGUCAAUGGCGUAAAAUACAUGACCAUCGAGGCAAGCGAUGACUCGCUCAAGGCAAAGAAGGGCAAAGAGGGCGUUGUCGCCUUCAAGACCACCCAAGCCGUUAUUAUCGCCCACCACCCCGACACCAUUCAGACCCCUAACGCCUUCAACUCAGUAGUUGAGCUCGGCGAGUACCUGAAGAAGCACGGAAUGUAA